UAUGUAAAAUAUUUGUUUUCAAAAACAGUAUUGCGUAUUUUACACCUUUGGUUCACUCCUAAAGAUGUCGGGUAAGUCUCUCGCACAAUAUGUCGAUGGUUUUCCACUUCCAUCAUCGUUUUCAGCUGACAGUUUUCGUUCGGCACUUACAUAUAAGCCACGCCCGGAUGACAUCUUUUUAGUGACAUAUCCAAAAUGCGGGACAACAUGGACUGGCCAAAUACUUUUACUUCUUCUGCAGAAGGGUGAACCCUUAAAAAAGCCAUCGGAUUUACAUGCUAAAGCUCCCUUUUUAGAAUUAACAGGUGCAAAGGCAGCGGAAAAUAUGCCAAGACCAGGACCAAUCAAGUCACAUUUGCCAUUUCAUUUGGCUCCUUGGUCAAAAGAUUCCAAAUACAUAUAUGUUGCUAGGAACCCUAAGGAUUGCUGCGUAUCCUACUACCAUCAUGUGAAGAAUUUACCCGGACAUGGUUUCGAAGGAACUUUUGAUCAAUUUUUUGAACUCUUCAUGGUUGGCGAUAUAUAUUGGGGAGAUUAUUUUGACCAUCUGCAGUCAUGGUACUCUCACAGAAAUGAUCCGAAUGUUUUCUUUGUUACUUAUGAAGAGCUCAAGGAGGACAUCGAUUCCGCCAUUUUAAAAAUGGCAGCAUUUAUCGAUGACAAAGAAUAUGCUGAACCCAUUAGAAAGGAUCCAAGCCUCAUGGAGAAUAUCAAAAAAUACAGCAGCUUAAAAGAAAUGAAAGAAUUCAUGACAAAAAGCUUUAUGGAUAUCGGUGAGAUGACGCCUGAAGAAUUGAAGAAAUCGUCAGUGCCAGAUACAAUAAAGGAAAUUUUGGUGAAAGAAAAAGUUGCGAUGAAAGCUGCGAUUGAAGGUAAGAAAAGUGGCCCCAACAUAAGUAAUUUCGUAAGAAAAGGAAUUGUUGGUGAUUGGAAAAAUUACUUCUCCGAAGAGCAAAGCCGCCGACUGGAAGAAAAAUUUUUGGAGAAGACAAAAGACAUGGAUAUACCAAAUAUUUGGCUAAAGAACAUGGAAAUGAUAUGAAUAUAGUAUUUCAUUGGUACAUAGGCCACUAGUUCAAAACAUUCCAAUUAAAAAGAAUUUAGUGUCUAUAAUGUGUUUAUUCAUUUAAAAAUAAAACAAACUAAUUUUGUCAUAUUUUAUUUUUAAUUUAACCCUCUAUUUUUGAGUCUCUAAAUUUCAAUGCUUUAAAAAUUUUAAGUCAACUUAAGAAUUUAAUAUACACAGGCACUUAGCAAAA